AAAAAAAAAAAGAAAUGAAAACUGAAGCAAAUUCAGCUCUUUGUCUGUCUCUCUCUCUCUCCCUCUCUUUCUAGACUGAUCUAAUCUCUAAUUGGUCAGGGAAAGGAGUCGAGAUUAAAGGGUGGACAGAACAUACUCUUUGGUUAACAUCAAAUUACGAAAAUGCCCCUUAUUCAUCGGAAAAAGCCGACGGAGAAACCUUCUUCUCCAUCCGAGGACCUUCCCGACGAAGACGACGAUUCCCAAAAGAAAUCUCAUGGUAAGAAACAAAACGGAGGAACCGAGAACAAGGUGAAGUGGUCGUGCGUUGAUUCCUGUUGCUGGUUCAUCGGGUGCGUGUGCGUCACGUGGUGGUUCCUCUUAUUCCUAUACAACGCUAUGCCAGCGAGCUUUCCACAGUACGUAACGGAAGCGAUCACGGGUCCUUUGCCAGACCCUCCUGGCGUGAAGCUGAAGAAAGAAGGUCUCAAGGCGAAACAUCCUGUUGUCUUUAUCCCCGGGAUUGUCACUGGAGGGCUUGAGCUUUGGGAAGGUAAACACUGUGCUGAUGGUUUGUUUAGAAAGAGAUUGUGGGGUGGAACUUUUGGUGAAGUCUACAAAAGGCCUCUAUGUUGGGUGGAACACAUGUCACUUGACAACGAAACCGGGUUGGAUCCUGCUGGUAUUAGAAUUAGAGCUGUAUCAGGACUCGUGGCUGCUGAUUACUUUGCUCCUGGCUACUUUGUCUGGGCAGUGCUCAUUGCUAACCUUGCACAUAUCGGAUAUGAAGAGAAGAACAUGUACAUGGCUGCAUAUGACUGGAGGCUUUCGUUUCAGAACACAGAGGUGCGUGACCAAACGCUUAGCCGUAUGAAAAGCAACAUAGAGUUGAUGGUUUCUACCAACGGUGGAAAAAAGGCAGUCAUAGUUCCACAUUCCAUGGGGGUCUUGUAUUUUCUACAUUUUAUGAAAUGGGUUGAGGCACCAGCUCCUAUGGGUGGCGGUGGUGGGCCUGAUUGGUGUGCCAGGCAUAUAAAGGCGGUGAUGAACAUUGGUGGACCAGCGAUUGCCCCAGGGUUCUUAGACACAGAUAUAUUCAGACUCCAGACGUUGCAGCAUGUAAUGAGAAUGACACGCACAUGGGACUCAACAAUGUCGAUGAUACCUAAAGGAGGUGACACAAUAUGGGGUGGUCUUGAUUGGUCGCCAGAGCAUGGCUACACUUGUUCUGGUAAAAAGCAAAAGAGCAACGGUACUCGCAGUGAAGAUAGUGAAAAUUUAAUUUCCAAGACGAAGCCUGUCAACUACGGAAGAAUCAUAUCGUUUGGGAAAGACGUAGCAGAGGCUCCACCAUCUGAGAUUAAAAACAUUGAUUUCCGAGGUGCUGUUAAAGGUCAGAGUAUCCCAAACAACACAUGCCGUGACGUGUGGACAGAGUACCAUGAUAUGGGAAUAGGAGGGAUCAAAACUAUUGCUGAGUAUAAGGUCUACACUGCUGAUGCAGUCAUAGAUUUGCUACACUAUGUUGCUCCUAAGAUGAUGGCUCGUGGUUCCGCUCAUUUCUCAUAUGGGAUUGCGGAUGAUUUAGAUGACCCUAAGUAUGAUCAUCCUAGACACUGGUCUAAUCCAUUGGAGACAAAAUUACCCAAUGCCCCUGAAAUGGAGAUCUACUCAUUGUAUGGAGUUGGGAUCCCAACAGAACGAUCGUACAUCUACAAGCUUAACCAGUCUCCCGACAGCUGCAUCCCCUUUCAGAUCUUCACUUCUGCUCACGAGGAGGACGAAGACAGCUGUCUGAAAGCUGGAGUUUACAAUGUGGAUGGAGAUGAAACAGUACCAGUCCUAAGUGCAGGGUUCAUGUGUGCUAAAGCUUGGCGUGGCAAGACAAGGUUCAACCCUUCAGGAAUCAAGACUUACGUCAGAGAGUACAACCACUCUCCACCGGCUAACCUGCUUGAAGGUCGCGGGACCCAGAGUGGGGCCCAUGUGGAUAUCAUGGGAAACUUUGCGUUGAUAGAGGAUAUCAUGAGGGUUGCCACAGGAGGCAACGGGUCGGAUCUAGGGCUUGACCAGGUCCACUCUGGUAUAUUCGAAUGGUCAGAACGUAUUGACCUGAAGCUGUGAAUAUAUUGAUCUGUUUUGAGGAUGCCAGCUUUUGUGAACCUAGUACUUCCACGCAGAAGGAGAUCAUCAUCAUCAUGUCCGAGUCACAACACAAGAAGCCUGAGAAUGAUAUUGUGUGGUGGUGCAAUAUUCUCAUAUACCUUCAUUUAAAUAUAUAUUCUUAUUGGGGGAUGUAAACUAUAUACAAUCCUGUUUAUGUUCGUGUCCUUGGAACGGUAGUGCAGGACUUGCUGCGUCAUGUCUAUUUGUCUUGUCCAAAGCAUCAUUUUGUAUUUGGUUCCACAUAGCUUC